CAGACGAGCUGCUUGUGGACUGUACUGAGAGCUUGGAGUCUUGCACUGAACCACACGGAGUUAUGUACUGUGCUCAUCCUGUCUCUGGCACAGGCAACAACUCAUUGAUGUAUUGCUACAACAUGAAACCAGUUUAUGGGCAGUCUCCCACUAAUGACGACAUCAACCAGAACCCAUCUUCACAUCCGUCCACCAAGGCGCACAACAAUGUGUUCGCAAGCACCUUCUUUGAGGGGACGAGCAAUUCGCCCGACAUCUGGAAUGCUGUAAAUGGGCUGAACCAGCAGGGCUAUGAAGGGGCACUGGGAGCAGCCACAACCCACCAAACACAGCCGGGGAGCUACAGCAGCCUGCAGCCGCCACAUCACAGUCACCUGGACUACUCUCCACAUUCAGUGAUGGCUGUUGACAUGAACAGGGCUCUCCCACCAAUGUCCACUUUUCACCGCAACAAUACAGCAUCACGCACUUCUUCAAUCAACACCUCAGAGAAUUCAACAGGGAGCAAAGGACAUGUGUCAGGAGGGUCACAGACAGGCGAUACCUUGGGCAAAGCUCUGGCCUCUAUUUAUUCCCCCGAUCACACCAGCAGCAGCUUCCCCUCCAGCUCGUCCACACCGGUGAGGUCUCCGUCCCCGCUGCCCAACACAGCUGAACCUGCAGGUACCAACAUGUGGCCCCGGAGUUCAGUUCAGGCGCCAGUUUCACCGCAAUAUGAAUCUUCACUCAUAUCAUUGUCUCAGGUGGAGGACCGAUUGGACAGACUGGACGAUGUGAUCCACGUCCUGAGGAACCACGCUGUGGGCCCCACGGCCGGCCUGCCCACUGACAUCCACGGCCUGCUGAACCAGAACCUCCACGGCCACCCGGGAUCCGCCAGCACUCUACCCCUCACCUGCCACACUCCAUCCAUGGUUGAAGCUGUUAACAUGAACAACAACCACUCAGCCUUCCAGAGCCGCAUGCAAAAUGGCCGCCCAUAUCCAGCCAGGCAGAGGACGACUCUUCAGCCCAUGCAAAGUGGAGGAGGUCUGGGAGUUCAGAGUAAUCUGGAGCUGAAGAUGGAGAGCGGGGACAGGGAAGAGAUGAUGCACACCAAUCAAAGCCACAGCCCUGACAGCCAGAGAUCAGAUGAGGAGAGCGAAUUCAAAACACAAGGAGAAAACAGCGGGAAUAACAGUAUCCACGAGGACGAGGAUCUGAGCCCGGAGCAGAAGGCCGAACGUGAGCGCGACCGGAGGAUGGCCAACAACGCCCGUGAACGCCUGCGUGUGCGGGACAUCAACGAGGCCUUCAAGGAGCUGGGCCACAUGUGUCAGCUGCACCUGAAGAGCGAGAAGCCCCAGACCAAGCUGCUGGUGCUGCACCAGGCCGUGGCUGUGAUCCUGAGCCUGGAACAACAAGUCAGAGAGAGAAACCUGAACCCGAAGGCAGCGUGUCUGCGGAGGAGAGAGGAAGAAAAGGCGCCUGCAGUCAUGACGGAUCCACAGUCCAUGCAUCUCGCUUUCCACCCCAGUCUGACAGACCCAGCAAACCCCAUGGGCCAUCUCUGAGCAUCUGAUAAUAACUGCAUCCAGUUAUCCAGCGUCAAAGUAGAUGUAGAGAGCAAACCCAGGAAGCAUCCAGCUGUUUUGGACGUCCAGCUUCUAAAUUCGGACCAGAGUGGAGGGGUCGACCUCUCGGUUGAACAAUCAUCUCUUCGUUUCCCAAACUGACUUCUAACUUUGUGCCUAAACUUUACUUGUAACAGACGAAAUGCAUUGUAAGCUGCAGAUGUUUUGUACAUAUUUUGUAUAUUUAUUGUCUGUUUUGAAUAUAUCUGUAAUGAUGAAACCCAGGAGUGAUGAGGCAUCAUCUGCAGUUUUUCAUUUUUGGCAGAGCCAGAUAUGUUUCUGACUGACUUUUACAGUGUGUUAGUUUCCACCGUACUCAGAGGACUGACAUUCCCACGUUUGUGUGUUCAGACAGCGGAUUUCAUUUGCCCUGUGGCAUGUGUGUGUGUGUGUGUGUGUGUGUGUGUGUGUGUGUGUGUGUGUGU